AUAACUGUUUUUGGCAGCCUUUCGAACUGUUAGCCGCUGGAGGUUUUAGUGAUCUUGGGAUUUAUUUUAUUGUCAGUCGCAAUUAUGGUUGCAGACUACUCUUUUCACUAAUUCGACUUACAAACCCAACAUUUGGCUUAAUCUAGUGUUUGAGAUGUGAUGCUCCGUGUUGAUUGUUGAGGAGACCACUGGCUUGGAGUUAUAAUUCAGUUUACCUAAUAAAUCCUAUUGGCUUAUCAGCUGAAAGCAUUCACACAUCUUGUACGAGACAAUUUUCUAAGCUUUUAACUGCCCUCACACUACUUAAUUUCAACAAAAAAACGAAUAUUCAUUACAAUGCUUCGCAAAAUUCACAACUGGUCUGCCAGAAAGCGUCUCAGUGUAUCAAGCUAUCCUUUAAGAAGAAAGGAUCCUAGAACAACCCCAACGAGGACUAAAAAGCACCAAGAAUGUAUAACUUUUCAGAAAUCCGGUCGCAAACCAACGGGACCUCCGUCAGUCGCAAAACCAAGAGCGCGGAAAGUCCACAAAGCGCCUAUCCCGGAAUCUCAAAGUGUGACUAACCAAAAUCUGCCAGAUAAUGUAGAUAUUCAGGUCCCUUCAGUUUGUAAUCAUAAUUCUGCUCAUACGAAAAUUCACCAUAAUAACUUCAUAGACCCUCCAAAUUUACCUUCACCGUUGUGUGUUUCUGAUUCUUGCGAAAAUGCUGACGAACAGUUAUAUCAUAACUGUCAAAACCUUCAUGAUAAUUCAGAAAAUGGUCGUAUAUUAUCAAAGCUACAAAGUACAUCGAAAACAGAAUCAUUGGUGGAAAUUAGUACAAACAAUUACUUACCUGAAAAACCAAACCAAAGUGUUACACUUAUUGAAUGCACUGAGCGAUUUACUUUUCCGAAUUUGAUUACUAGUUCGGAUCAACAAGUCGAUUCACCUAAUGAUAUUAAACCUCACUUAUUCAGGGAGGUUGGAUUUAUUGGCGAGGAUGAAACUAUGCAACCUUCCGACGAGGAAAGUGAACCAAGUGAUUCUUCGUCUUCUAUCGCUCCUCCGCAAGAACUUUCUACGGAAAUCUCUGCAAUUGAAGAGUGCGAUGACGGAGAUUUCGAAGAAGCUGAUGCAUAUGCCUUCAUCCGCAGCCUCCCACCACUGCCUCCUGAUAUUAUUUGUCGUCCACCAGCGCUGCCGAAAAAAACUCGCUCCUCUCCAGAGUUUUGCUUAGUUCUUGAUUUAGAUGAAACUUUGGUUCAUUGUAGUCUAAACCCUCUUUUGGACGCUCAGUUUAUUUUCCAAGUUGUUUUCCAAGGUGUUGUCUACAUGGUGUACGUCCGAAUUCGACCACACUUAUACGAAUUUCUUACCAAUGUUUCUGAACAUUUCGAAGUUGUGCUUUUUACAGCUAGCACGAAAGUAUACGCUGAUCGACUCGUAAACUUGAUCGAUCCUAAAAAGAAAUGGAUCAAGCAUAGAUUAUUCCGUGAACAUUGUGUCUGUGUAAAUGGUAAUUACGUCAAAGACUUACGAGUCCUAGGUCGAGACCUCCGCAAAACUGUGAUUAUUGAUAAUUCUCCUCAGGCGUUCGGCUAUCAGCUGGAUAAUGGUGUUCCAAUUGAAAGUUGGUUUGUUGAUUCAAAUGAUUGUGAACUCCUUAAACUUAUUCCGUUUUUAAAAGAAAUAACUAAAGCCGAUGAUGUUAGACCAUUAAUAGUUGAUCGAUUCCGGUUACAUGAGAAAGUUCUGGCAGCUCCUCUUUCACCACCCGAUGUUCAGAAUUGAUACAUUUCAAUCUUUUGUAGGUCGCAGUUAAACUUAAAACAAAACAAAUUGUUUUAAAGCAGCAGUUAUUUAUUUUCUAUUAAAGCUUCCUUUAAAUUAAUUUUGUUUAUUACAGUAAAUCUUCUUUAUAUUUUUAAUCCCAAUAACCUUUUUUUUGUCAUCAUAACUUAUCUUUUAACAUAUUAGAUAGAUUGAUCAUCGCAUAGCUAACAUGGACACACAUUCAAUGCGCUGCAGCAUUUAUAUGCUGUAUAAAUUUGAUAAUAUUCACCAUAUUAUCUGUAUUCGUUCAUUCACUUAUUUCAAUUAAGUGAGUAAACAAACAUAUUUGAAUAAUUUUGUUUUAUUUCCAUUUUUGACAGUAAAGAUUACUUGUUUUUUUAAUUAUUAUAAUCAUUAUUAUAAUAAUCGAUAUAUCUCGCUUAUUUUAGUCGAAAUUAUUUGCAUCAUAAUUAUAUUAUUAUUACUGCCACUAUUUUUAAUUUCUAUAUUCAUCAAGAUUUAUUGCCUGACAUUUAUUGCUAACUAUUACGCAUUCGUUAUUCGGGAGAAUUAUAUAUUCUUCAUUUUAUUUCUUGUCAACAUUUGCAUUUACAUUAUAUGUAUAUUUAUAUAUCAUUAAUAAAAAUAUCCUUAUAAUCAUAUAAUUUACAUGUGUAUAGAGAUGUGUACGUACGCAUGUUUCUUUACCUAUCCACUCAUUGCUUUUUUUGACGAUAAUCAAUAAAACGACUACAUCGUAUUUUUAUUUGUUCGCUUUGAAUUUCACAACUUAAUUCUAUUACUGUAAACGGGAGAACGUUUUUCAUUCUUAUCUAUCUGCUCUUGAAACUGGUGAACAUUACAUAUUCUCCAUAAAUUUUUAUGAUUAUUCUUAUAGGCGUUAAAUACCGCGGUAAUAAUGUUGUUUACAGCACCUUGUUUUACUUUAAUUUGUCAGUUUUCUGUCGUUUUUAAUUAUCGUUAUCAUUAAUUCUUUAGAUGUUUUGUUCUUUUGCAUUGCCCAUUGCAUUUUUACAAUUGGAAUUUCGUAUUUUAGCACUCAUGAGAUAGUUUUACUGAUAUUACAACUUUUGUCAGUUUUUGGAAUGUCUGCUGUUGUGUACAGAAAAUUAAAUCUUGCAUUUUUAAGAGGAAAUUUCUUUUCUUUCACCUUUAAUUUGUUUACUGGGUGGGACUUUUUGUCAUUGUUGAUGAUUUACUUUUAAGAUUUUAAAUACCUUGUUUUUCUCUCUCCGUUUAUUUACUGCACAGUUUAUACACAUCUUAUUAGUAAUUUCAAUAAAACAUGUAUUUGGUACUUUUAAUUUUUGUGGUUGUUGAUUUGACUUAUUUAUGGGACUCGUUAAUACUUGCCAACUUAGCUAUAGCGUCUCUUCAAUAAGACUUUUAUAAUGAUG